UUAAGUACACAAAACACCUCCAUCAUUCACGAGACUCAGAAACCAAGAGAGAGAGAGUGGAAUUUUGUGGCUAUUUACAGGUAAUAAUAUGACCUCCAAUGAGAGGAAACUCCACUCUCCAAGUCUGCAACUUUAAAAACUUGCAUACCUAUUUCUCAUUUCUCAUUUCUCUCUCUAUCUUUUGAUUUUUUUUGUUUUUUGGUUUUUCUUCUUUAUUCUUGCACUUCGUGCUCAUGGAAACUAGCACCACUGCUGCUUCUGCAGCACCUGGUAGGCCACUCGGCGACCAUACCCUUAAACACCAUCAUUUUCAUUCUCCUCAGCAACACCAGAACAGUAUCAGAAUUUCCUCAACUUCCAUUCUUAUAAUUAUCUUAUCAAUCAUCUCUGUUAUUGUACUACUUGCAAUCUUACUAAUUAUAGUCAUGCUUAGAAGACUCAAAUCUGCUAAAAACACAAGCAGCUCCGUUAAAGACAACUGCAGCAUUAACAACGCUAGUUGCAGGUUCAUUGCUCACAGCACCAUAACUUUCACUUCUAGCCCAGAUGUGAAGGGAGGCUGCCUGUAUGGAAGCAAUUUGAGUCAAAAACCACCAAGAAAAUACAAAGGAGUUCAAGUUUUCACAUACAAAGAGCUUGAAGUGGCAACAGAAAGAUUUAGUGAAGCAAAUGUGAUCGGCAAUGGAGGUUAUGGAGUGGUGUAUAAAGGUAUUCUAGCAGAUGGUACAGUUGCUGCCGUUAAGAUGCUACGUAGAGAAGGAAAGCAAGGUGAACGUGCCUUUAGGAUAGAGGUAGACUUGCUCAGCAGGUUGCACUCACCUUACUUGGUGGAACUACUAGGCUAUUGUGCUGACCAGCACCAUAGAUUGCUAAUAUUUGAAUUCAUGCCUAAUGGUACUCUGCAAAACCAUCUCCAUCAUAAGCAAUAUCAACCGUUGGAUUGGGAGACCCGGUUACGUAUAGCCCUUGAUUGUGCUAAGGCACUAGAGUUUCUCCAUGAACAUACAAUCCCAGCAGUCAUACACCGUGACUUUAAAUGCAGCAACAUUCUACUUGAUCAAAAUUUUCGUGCCAAAGUUUCAGAUUUUGGAUUUGCUAAGAUGGGUUCUUACAAGAUCAACGGUCAGACAUCGACACGUGUGCUAGGGACCACUGGUUAUCUUGCACCAGAAUUUUCUUUUUCUGGUCGUGAACUUAGGUAUGCUUCAACAGGUAUGCUUACGACAAAAUCAGAUGUAUAUAGCUAUGGUGUUGUUCUUUUACAGCUGUUAACUGGCCGGAUUCCGGUGGAUACCAAACGGCCUACUGGGGAACAUGUACUUGUCUCUUGGGCUCUUCCAAGAUUAACUAACAGAGAGAAAGUAGCAGAAAUGGUUGACCCAGUUCUUAAAGGCAACUACUCAAAGAAAGAUUUAAUUCAGGUAGCUGCCAUUGCUGCCAUGUGUGUGCAACCAGAAGCAGAUUACAGGCCUUUAAUGACAGAUGUGGUGCAAUCACUGAUUCCUCUGAUCAAGAACCUUUCUUCACUGCCCUCCUCUGCUUCCUCCAGAUUUUAGAGUCAAAUAAUUAAGUUCCAGGUCAAUUAGGGACAGUUCAGACAUUGUAGAAAUGUGUUUCACUUUGUGCUAGUUCAUCUCAUGUUGUCAGGUUGAUAUUUCUUUCCAUUUUUUUUUAAAAUAAGGUUUUUGAAGAAUAUGUGAGCCACCAUGCAAUAUUUUUGGUUUCCUUUGUGGGGUCACUUCUAUUGACAAUCCAUUCUUUCAUUUC